CAGACAGCUAAGUAAGGAAUGAAAAAGAGAGAUGGUGUUGAUUGGUUAUUGGUUAAUUGAAAAGCUAUUUACCUUUGAAGCUUAUAAAACUAGAAACAACCGAGGCUUUAUAAUCAGGCAGAUUACACAUCAUAAAACAAAACAAGAGAAAGAGAGGCAGAGAGAAAAGUUGAUCAAUAUGGAGAAAAGGGUUUUGUACGGUUUGGUAGUAAUGCUAAUGUACCUGGUGGGUGGUGGCUAUAGUCAAGGGGUAGUGGAAUGGAUACGUGACAAAGCUGAAUGGGAAGAAAUUCUGGUCAAGACGGAAAUUCACAUAGGGGUUAUGGUAACGUCCCCAUUGUGCGGUGCUCCAUGUGAUAUAGUGAACGACCAAGUGGCUCGAUUUGUUGAAACCUACGGCGACCGGAUUAAGUUCUACAAAAUCAACGUUUUGGAGACUUUGUUCUUUGCACUAGAUUACAAAAUACUCACUGUUCCAACCGUCAUAAUUUUCAAAGAGGGAACCAUAAAUCUUCGUUUCGAAAGCCUUUCCGAUUGGGGUAUGUUUUAUGAACUAUUAGUCAACUCAAGUAUACUCGACUUUCCCCCUGACCUGUCCCCGGCUCCAGCCCCAGCCCCCUCCGAUUCUGAUCCAGAUGCCGACUUGCCACCGCCUCUUCAAUCCGGCGAGUAAACUAUAGUCCCGUCUUGAACUAAUAACGUCAUUUUAUAUGUAUUAUUGUGUGUAACGUGUGUGUUUGCUGCUUCUACUUUAGUUUACUGCGUUAAUAAAACUUGCAGCAUAUAUAUAUAUAUAUAUGUUCACAUUAUGUUUGAUGCGUUAAUAAUAUCAUAUGUUAAUAUGAUAAGUCAUUGAAGAAGUCUAUGCUUGAUAUGAAGUGUUUAGAUCAAAGGAUUGUUAGAUAGGACUUUUAUAAUCCAACUAAUAUUAUAUGAGCAACGCAUAAAGGUAAAUAUGAUAACAAAAUUGAUCAAAUCAUCACAUCUUUGUCAAAAUCAGAUGAGAAUUUUUUUUUUUUUUUUAAAUGGCCGUAACCCUUCAAGAUGAUUUCAGUGAGUUUCAACUCUUCCAACGUGUGCACACAUUAUAGUUCCAAAAACAGAACUCAGUAAUGGAACAAGAUAGCCAACGAUGUGACUAGAUCUAUUGGCCCUUUCU